GGAAGUUGUUUUGUCCGGCGAGGGCUGCCCUUCCGGUUCCGUUGGGUCCCCCUUUGGCUCGGGUUCCCUGCCCCUCCCCCUUCCCGGAGCCCCGAGGGGCCGGAGCUCCUGGCGGUGCCGGAUCCUGACGGUGGCCUUCUCCCGGGUCUGUCUGCCAAAAUGUCUGAAAGAUCAGAUCUCCUUCACUUCAAGUUUGAAAAUUAUGGAGAUUCAAUGUUACAAAAAAUGAACAAAUUAAGAGAAGAGAAUAAAUUUUGUGAUGUUACAGUUCUCAUAGAUGAUAUUGAGGUACAGGGGCAUAAAAUUGUGUUUGCUGCAGGUUCCCCCUUCUUAAGAGACCAGUUUUUACUGAAUGAUUCCAGAGAGGUGAAAAUCUCCAUAUUGCAGAGUUCCGAAGUGGGGAGACAAUUGCUCUUAUCCUGUUAUAGUGGUGUGCUGGAAUUCCCUGAAAUGGAACUGGUCAAUUACUUGACUGCUGCAAGUUUUCUUCAGAUGAGCCACAUUGUAGAACGGUGCACACAGGCCUUGUGGAAGUUUAUAAAGCCAAAACAACCAAUGGAUAGUAAAGAGGGAUGUGAACCACAGAGUGCUUCUCCCCAGUCAAAAGAACAGCAGGGAGAUGCCAGAGGCUCCCCAAAACAGGAUUCACCUUGUAUUCAUCCAUCUGAAGACAGUAUGGAUAUGGAGGACAGUGAUAUUCAGAUUGUUAAGGUAGAAUCUAUUGGGGAUGUAUCUGAGGUUAGAAGUAAAAAAGAUCAGAACCAGUUUAUUUCUUCUGAACCCACUGCUUUACAUUCAUCAGAGCCCCAGCAUUCCCUGAUAAAUUCAACUGUGGAAAACAGAGUAAGUGAAAUAGAACAAAACCAUCUCCACAAUUAUGCCCUCUCUUACGCAGGCAGUGAUAAUAUCAUCAUGGCCUCAAAAGAUGUCUUUGGGCCUAAUAUUCGAGGUGUAGACAAAGGCCUACAGUGGCAUCACCAGUGCCCAAAGUGUACCAGGGUGUUUCGUCACCUGGAGAACUACGCCAACCAUUUAAAAAUGCACAAACUCUUUAUGUGUCUACUCUGCGGCAAGACUUUUACUCAGAAAGGCAACCUUCAUCGACACAUGCGUGUGCAUGCCGGCAUUAAACCUUUCCAGUGUAAGAUCUGUGGGAAAACCUUUUCUCAGAAGUGUUCCUUACAGGAUCAUCUUAACCUUCACAGUGGAGAUAAGCCCCAUAAGUGUAACUAUUGUGACAUGGUUUUUGCACAUAAGCCAGUUUUGAGGAAACAUCUUAAACAGCUGCAUGGCAAAAACAGUUUUGAUAAUGCCAAUGAAAGAAAUGUGCAAGACCUCACAGUGGAUUUUGAUUCUUUUGCAUGUACAACAGUCUCAGACUCUAAAGGGUGUCAGCCACAGCCUGAUGCAACACAGGUCCUGGAUGCAGGUAAACUGGCCCAAGCUGUCUUGAACUUAAGAAACGAUAGUACUUGUGUGAAUUGAGUAGGGGCUUUAUGCUCACAACUUAGAACUGACUGAAAACGUGGCAAUAGUCUUGAAUCUUUUUAGGAGUGAUUUUGCUAGUUUGACUUCUCCAAAGCCUCUGUGCAGGUUGUAGGGGUGAGUCAAAGCACUAACAGACCAGGCAACUUACCACUUGGAGUGGUCUUGCCUUCCUUUUGCCCUCUCCCAUUUCGUGUUUUGAAUUAUUUAUCCUGUGAUGUCUGUUUUACUUUUCCAAGGAGUAUUCCGUUUGUCUACCUAACAUUGACCUUUGUUUUAGACCGACACUAUUUUAGGCUUUUCACUGGGCACAUCCUGAGGGUACCAGUGAGUUAAUAACAUCACCUAUGGUCCACUAAUAGAUGCUGUGCUAAGAGAAGUGAAUAGUAUUUUUCUUUGGCAGAAAACAGGCUGAGAUAUAAGAGGAUAUUGCUCUUGGCCUGAAUAUGUGAUAAAACUUCUGGCUGCCUAUUGUUAAUUGCCUAUUGAUAAUGAAUCUGCCUCCUACCAUUUGUACUUGUCUUGGAGCUGGCUAUGAAGUAUUUUGGGUUGUUCUGUACUCCUUCCAACAGUAUUAUAGCCCAACUUCAUGUCACUGUGUUGUUCACAUAGACCAGAGUACAAUGUUUUCAGCAACACCUACAGACAAAUAGUUAGCAUGAGAAGCAUAAUUAACAAAGGAUAGAAGUACAAUUUACAAUAGCACUUACAUGGGAGGUCUUCCCGAAAAGAAGCCAAAUGCUUAUAAUUAAUGUGUAUCGUACUUGUUGAUGCUUUUCAAAUCAGGAUUGCCCCAGGCACACUGAAAAUGUGCUAAAGUAUAAUGGUCUCUCUCAAAAGAGGCUAUUUGGGAGUCAGUCUCUGGAUUGUUUUAGAGGUUAGCCUUCCGAAAGGUGAGUUUGGCCUUCAGAGUUUUGUCUGUUGUACUGUAAUAAUCUCUGUAUCCUCAUUUCUUCAUGUACACUAGUUUCUAAGAUGGAUGAAAAAAGUGGAUCACAGAAGGAGCAAUUGGGUUUUUGCAUUCAGAUAGUCCUAAAAAGGUACAUAGUCCCACCUUGCCAUGUUUGAUAGAUCACUAAUGCAGAAUUGAUCUUCCAAUAUGGAAAGACACAAUUGUUUUUCCUAAAGCACAUGUUAUAGUUCAGAAAGAAAAUUUUGAGUCUUAGUAGUUUUUGACUCAUGAAUUAGAUUUAGGUAAUAGGAGUCUUAGGGUCCCUUAGAGAAUCUUUAAGCGAUCAUAUACUCCACCUCUUUUAUUUAAGCUGGGGUAUCCAAAGCCCAAAGAGGUGGCCUGGCCAAGGUUGGCCAAAGUAGAGAAGUGACUAAAAAUAUGAGCUAAUCUCUCCUUAUUUCUCACUAUCUCUUAGCUUAAAAAGAUUUAGUACAUGAUCAAGGGUAUUAUUAUCAGCAAAAAGCUCCUAGUUUGUGCUUCACUUUUUGGAAUCCCUGUUGGCUUUUUGAGACAGCCCAGGUUUUACAAACAAAACAUCACAGGAAGGAUGUAUUUUUGUUAAUUAUUUUUUUUGGUUAGGAUGAAUAUUACAUUCUGCUCAAGCAAGUGAUUGAUUUGCUAGAUGGUGGUCAGGGAGAAAAAAGACAAGUAAGAAUAAUGUGAGAAGGAAACAAAUGUGAAUCUGAUUUUGUCUGGAAGCAGUGUUUAUUUAGUUUCCAUUGGGCUUUUGUUUUUACUUUUGAGCUAUGAGAAUGCAUGUACAGAUAAACCAAAACUUGAGUUUAACUUGAAUAGUCACAGGGAAUUCUUCGAGCUGUUAUAAUUUGAUGCAUUUACAUGUGAAUCUGAUUUGAGGUAUAAUUUCUACCUUUUGUUAAAAUCCUUAAAAUGAGAAUAAAAUUGAGUGAUAAGACUAA